CUUCUCCUCCUCCUUCCGCUAUAAGACCAGCUCGGGGAUCGCCUCCCGGUGAGCCAUGUCGCCGGACGGUCGCCGCACACGCCACAGUCGUCGUUGCACACACGCGCCGCCGUUGUUGUCGUCCUCUUCUCCUCCGACGUCGUCGUCGCCGUCGCCGUCGUGAACAUGGCGGCGGAGGCGGAGCAGCAGCACCAGCUGCUGUCGACGGCCGUGCACGACACGAUGCCGGGGAAGUACGUCCGCCCGGAGUCGCAGCGCCCGCGCCUCGACCUCGUCGUCUCCGACGCCCGCAUCCCCGUCGUCGACCUCGCCUCCCCCGACCGCGCCGCCGUCGUCUCCGCCGUCGGCGACGCCUGCCGCACCCACGGCUUCUUCCAGGUGGUGAACCAUGGCAUCGAUGCGGCGCUGAUCGCGUCGGUCAUGGAGGUGGGCCGCGAGUUCUUCCGGCUGCCGGCGGAGGAGAAGGCGAAGCUCUACUCCGACGAUCCGGCCAAGAAGAUACGGCUGUCGACGAGCUUCAACGUGCGCAAGGAGACGGUGCACAACUGGCGCGAUUACCUCCGCCUCCACUGCUAUCCUCUCCACCAGUUCGUCCCCGACUGGCCCUCCAAUCCGCCCUCCUUCAAGGAGAUCAUCGGCACGUACUGCACAGAGGUAAGAGAGCUAGGGUUCAGGCUAUACGAGGCGAUAUCGGAGAGCCUUGGACUGGAGGGAGGAUACAUGAGGGAGACGUUGGGGGAGCAGGAGCAGCACAUGGCGGUGAACUACUACCCACAGUGCCCGGAGCCGGAGCUCACCUAUGGCCUCCCCGCGCACACCGACCCCAACGCCCUCACCAUCCUCCUCAUGGACGACCAGGUCGCCGGCCUGCAGGUCCUCAACGACGGCAAGUGGAUUGCCGUCAACCCGCAACCCGGUGCUCUCGUCAUCAACAUUGGCGACCAACUUCAGGCGCUGAGCAACGGGAAGUACAGGAGCGUGUGGCACCGGGCGGUGGUGAACUCCGACAGGGAGAGGAUGUCGGUGGCGUCGUUCCUGUGCCCGUGCAACAGCGUGGAGCUCGGCCCGGCCAAGAAGCUCAUCACCGACGACUCGCCGGCGGUGUACCGGAACUACACCUACGACGAGUACUACAAGAAGUUCUGGAGCAGGAACCUUGACCAGGAGCACUGCCUCGAGCUGUUCAGGACUUAGCUCAUCGCAAGCUCACUCUACGAGUCGACAUUAAAACCGUGAGGCGAACACUACACACUGUGACCCUGACCACCUCCGAAUUAAGUUUGAGUUCUCUCUUGGAUGCCUAUUUGCUCUCUGUUAAUUGGACACUAAAUUCCUCAGCGGCCUCCAUUCCUAGCUUCACUUAUAAGGAAAAAGAGAGCACAAAGAGAUUUCGUUAAUAGCCAUCAUAGGGAAGUGUGGAUUGUGUUGAAGGUCCUAAUCAGUUGGUUUUUUGUCCCUGGUUUUGGAUAUUAGGAGGGUCUCUUAGUAUCUUUCUUUUUGUGGAACAACUUUCAGUGUCUGUAACUCUGUAUUCCUUUUUUUACUUGCAAAGGGAAUGGCAUCCUUUGUGGUUGUAGAACUCCUUUUCAAUAUCA